CAAUCGUGUCUAUACAGUAAAGACCUAUUGGAUUUUGCCACCUACGGAGUAUGAUUUACCACAUUAGCAGGUCAUCAUUGCUGCAAACAUGGACAAAGAUUUUUUGAUGCCAAGGGGAAGCUGGAACCAUUUUGUCUAGAUGUCUGGAUCCACCCUUGCCGAUCGGACGGAGGGUCAUUGUUCCUGAUAGAGCAUGGCACGGGAAUGCCCUAGUCAUCUGAACCUUGUUCCAGCUUUGCGGUACAUUCUUCGGUGAUCAUCAAGAUAGGUGAUGAGGCUUGCUCCUGCAUCGGAGUUUAAGUUCCCCAGUCGCUUCACAUUGAGCUGCAUAGGAUGACUGUCAGCUCCUGUGGUGGCCAAGCUAUGUUUGCCAUCGCCCGGACAAAAAUGCAGUGCUUGCCAUUUCUCAUACUUCCAUUCCCUUGCAUCAUUCAGACGACGAGUCUGCGAUAGAUGGCAUCAUGACUUCCUUUGAAGGUUUCAGUGCCAAUUCAUUCUAUCUUUUCCGCACCAUCAUCGCCCGCGCUGCCGUUGUAUUCGUCGCGGUAGGUCUGCGUUUUCUGUGCAAGAUUGCCAGAACUGAGAGGCGCUUUGGAUGGGACGACUUUUGGAUUCUGGUGGCCUUUGUGCUUAAUUAUAUCGCAGAAGGCCUUCAACUAUGGGCGCUGUUCAAGAGUCGUGGAGGGACGCCAGCUGCCGUGCUACUGAAAGCUGGUGAGCGCGACAGAGUGGAGCAUUAUCUUCUUAUAACGGACAUCAACGCCAUGAUGUGGUAUCCGGCCGUCGCGUGUAUCUGCGUGAGCAUUGUCUGCUUUUACCUGCGCAUCUUCCGGCACGAAACCAAUUUCCUCCUCUUUUCGCGCAUCCUAAUGGGCCUCAUCACGCUUUGGGCUCUAGGCAGUGCACUUGGGAGCAUUCUCCUGUGCAUCCCGCCUUCCAAUUUCUGGAAAAUGCGUGACCUGGAUAAGUGCGGCAGUUACAAUACAGUGGUCCUGUCCAGCUCCAUUGCUGAGAUCAUCAUUACCACCGCAAUCCUGGCAUUGCCCGUCCGGCCCAUCAUGAAACUCACAUUAGGACUUCGCACGCGGUUGUCAAUUCUCACCAUUUUUCUGUUGGGUGCAUUUGUUAUUGUUUCAGCGGCCAUACGAGUCGGUCUCGUCUGGAAACCCGGUGUUAAGACCCCCAAUUUCCAAGUAAUCGCAAUAUGGUCCGGUAUCCAUCUAACCGCAGCUUUCGUCUGUGCCUGCCUUCCCAUGUACAAGCCUAUUUGGAACCAAAUUGUCAGGGUUUCAAAGAGUAUCGUCGAUUAUAGUAGCACAUUCCGCCAUCGCUGGCGAACCGAGCAUAGCAGCAACGAUAAGGGGAGCAUGUCGGAACAAGUUUUGACAUCACAUGACGUGGUGAAGAAGACGUCCAGCGGGGAGACGAUGCUUCAGGAAUGGCAGACGUGGGAAAAUCAUCGUUACUGAUUUCGGUUCCCAAUAUUACUGUUCUCAUUUGUAGCUUCAAAAGGUGUUAGGAAGCCUUUGUUUGCCAUCUUCGUGUACUUUGUCUUAAACCCUGGAUAUCUGUGUGAUGUGGAUCUUGAGAAGGUCUUUCCAAUUCCCGAUACCACCUACCUAGUCAGGUCUUGUUUGCUAAAUUCUGAC